AUGAGCGAGGCGGAGAGACUCUCCGCCGUGGCUCGAGGGUCUUGCGCACUGGCGCCAGCUUCCUCCUCGCGAGCCUCAUUGACGACUUCUCGCUCCUCCUCGGUCUCCUCUGCGCGCUCGUCCCUCGGGGGGGUGAAGCCUGGCAGAGACCGCGCCUGGGUGCUGGAUGACCUCAUGCGCGCUCACUGGAGCAAGCCGCCGUCGUACGGCACAUCAUCCGUCGCACUCCGCGCGCUCCAGGCGCUAAACGACUGCUGCGGGCCCUGCGAGAAACGGCAGGCUGCCACCUAUCUCCCCUUGGGCCGUUGGUCACUCGUCGCAUGGCAGCCCCGCUGGCUGUAUAGCACACCCUCUGGACUCGCAUACUGCCGGGCGGAGCAACCCGAGCGCGGGCGCCACCUGCCCUUUCAGAACAUGGAGUCGAUCCGACUUGACGGCACUGAGAUCAUCGUGCGAUGCGACACCCGCGACUUCCACUUUCAGCCGCUCGACACAGAUACGGACGACGCUGCGAGCAUUGCGUUGAGGCCCGAUCUAAUGACGGCACCACCUCUGCACGGGCCCUCGCCGCUCGCGCCCGCCCCCAAGCCAACCGGCGACGCAUCACCAGCUGCAACGCGUCAGCCGCAACGUCCGGCGCUCAACGCGGGGGGCGUGGACGCCUCGCGCUCCGGCCAGCGUGCCACGCCAUUCCUCGACAAGCUGGGCUUUCGCCUCGACUCGUUUGAGUUUACUUUGCGCCGCGCUGGGAGCCAAGCCACGAGGAUUGCAGGCAAGGUGCUGCGUCCGCUCGGCGAGAGCGAGAUGCAGACGGUCCUGGACACGCCGCCGAAGGAGUUGCCAGCCGUGCCGGUAGAGCACAAAGCACACAGCAGCAGCAUGGGUCAGACGGCGGUCUCGUACCUGGCAGAGAGCCGCUUUGCCAAGUCUCGCGGCAUGACGCCCGGGAUCACCCUCGGGCACCUCGGUCACAAUGGCUGUCUCACCAACCCGGACGAUUUGGCUGCGGCUAUUGCUGGCUACGAGGGUCUUCUGACCCUGUACGCGAGCAGGUUGGCGCUGUGCGAGGGCGUCGCCGAGAUUCUCAAACUCGAGACGCUCUCGGUAGAGGAGGCAAAGGUGUGGGCUACCGCGCGGGGCCCCCAGCCACUUCCGUGGGAGGCCAAACGGAGAGAUGAGCCAGCCUACUCGACCAGUGCGCGAAAGCGGGCCAUCGCGCGCGGCCUCCGAAAUCUCAUCGCCCACUCGCUCGGCGGCGAGGAGGGGUUCGUGCGGUGGAUUGUCGACGAACUGGAGCGCUCGCAGGGGCGCAAAGGCGUGCUCAAGGACAAGAGAAUUUUCGAAGCGAGCUUCUUGCAGACACUGCUCGAGUCGGACAAGCUGCACGCGGAGCUUAAACGUCUGAUUGAGCGCAGAGGUCGCCCAACACUGCUUCGGUUCGCCGUGGCGACGAGCGGGAUCCGGCAGCGCGACGUCAACAAGCUACGCGAGCUGCAGCCAGGGUUCUACCCCGGCCCGAACAAGAUCCGGCAGGGCAAGCGGACGCAUCUCGGCGCCUUCCUCCGGGACGUCUGCAGCGGUGGAUGGAGUCCCGUUUCAAUGACGACUGGGCUGUCUGAGGCGGCGGAGGCCGAGGAGCGCGUACAUCCUCUACACCCUCCCUCAGGAUCCGGGAUAGUCUGA